CAACCGCUCUGAAAACACAUUUGUCCGCUCCUCUCUUUUUAUUACUUUCGGAGUCCCUAUCACAGAGAGCACUGCAGCUCUAAGUUAAGCACAGCCUGUUUUAGCCUUUGAACGUUAAUAAGCAGAUCUGACAUCUGUUUAAUACGCAAGUCUAUUUUUACAUUUUAAGAUGAGCAACUUCCAAAUAACAAAAAGAGAUUAUAUUUGUUACAUGACGGGGAGGGGGAAAACAGCGCUAAUGCUUGGGACUUUUCUGUUUUCUGCUUAGCACAUUUUAGAGUAGAAAUGCAUCUCAAUUCUUAACUUGUAGAUAAUUUGUGUGAUGUGUGAAAGAACAAAAUUUAAAAAAGAAAAACUCCUGAAGAUUGAAGGCAAUGCUAAGCUGUCUGAAUCAAUGAACUGCUUUUCACAUUUUCACAGAGUCAAGCAUUUGAAGGGGUGGGGGCAAAACACUUCAUCACUUAGUUGCAGUGCUAAUGACAAUCACUAACUAAACACAUGUUAUCUUGCACUAGAUUAUUCGGUUCCAGACACAGGGUAAAACAGAGCAAGUUGUACAUCUUCACUGCGACGGUUUUAUAGCUAUCUAGCAGGUCAAAAGAAGAAGAAGUUCCUGCUGAGUAAUAAACCCUGUGAGCACGGUUGUCACUGCUUUUCUUCAGGGAGGCCCUCUUGUAAAAAGGAAACAAAGUAAUUCAACAACACAGAAACAUUCUUUAUGCUGAAAGAAAAGAAAACAAUAAAGGCAUGUAAGACAGAUCAUUAUAUAAGCAACACUAUUAGAAUACAUGAAACAACAAAUAUUUGAUAAUAUAUACAUUUCACCUAACAUUAAUGGAGAGAGACUUGGUCUGGUUGCAAAAUGUAAAUAUCUUGGAGUCAUUGUUAACCCAAAUCCAUCCAUCCACCCAUUCUGCAAUUAUUUUUAUUUUCAUAUGCUGGUGAUAUGCAGCUGUAAGUAUAGUAAAAACCCAUCAUGUCUUUCUUCAAGAGGACAAUGAAAACCUGUGACAAGAAAUUGUUCCAUUUUCAUUAUUAUAAAAUUAUUAACAAGCAUAAUGUUUUAAACCUUGAUUCUUGACAGAUAUAUCAUGAAGUCCGUAUUAUUUUAAAAGUUUUGAAUGGGCUUGCCCCACCACCGUCGGUUGAUUUUAUUCAGAAACGGCAAAUAAAGCAAAAUAAAAACCAGAGAACAAACCAAAGGAGACCGCAACAUGCUGAGGCACAGAACAGUUUUGACAGAAGGUGGCGUCUGUUAGACAUAUUCAUGGAGCGGACUAUCAGCCUACAUCAAAGACAGUAAAAACUACACAAUUUUAAAAAAGCAUCGCAAGCAUUGGUUGAAUGCAAACCAGUUCAUAUUCAUUCAUAAUGUCUUGUGCUGUUACUGUCUUUUGUCCAGUGAAUUGCAUGGUAAGGUAUUUUGUUUUUGUGCUCGCUUGUCUUGGAACAAAAUACGAAACUGAGCUUUUGUACUAACUUCUGCAUAUUUACAUGAAUUGUGGUCAUAUUGAUUAAUGUGCAUUGCCCUAAUCAAAUAAACUAAAAUAAAUUAAACAUUUUAAAGUGUUAAUCCAUCAGAAAACAUCUUCACAACAUCCAGUUUAAGACAACAUCUUUUUUCUCCAGUUCUGAACAUCUGUACAACAAGGUUAAUGGUUUGAGUGGAUCUCACCCGUGCUGAAGGAUUGUUUUGUAAUGAUUAGUUUAAAAAUUGUAAAACAUUUUCCUGUGCUAUCAAUAGGAAACACUUUAUAUACCGCUGGCUCCUUAAACUUCCUGGGAACAAGAAUGGCUUUCCAAAAACAUGCACAGAAUCUGAUCAAGAAUGAAGAUGGAUUCAUUUGGUUCUUUGAGCCCACCAUAAUUUCCAUGCACAUGGCUGAAAUAAACAAAAGUUCAGAGAACAAUGAGGACGACAACAUGUUCUUGUUCCUCAUCGAGAACGGUAUUGAAGAACCACGCAACCUGCGGCUGUCGAGAGUUGCACGAGUGUGUAAAAGUGACGUGGGAGGAAUGAGAAUGUUGCGGAGAAAGUGGACCUCUUUCCUGAAAGUCCGUCUGGACUGCCCGUUCGGAGACAUAGGCUCUCCCUCUCUGGUGCAGGAUGUCUUUCUUCUACGAGAUGAAAAUAAUUUGAUGAACAGCGUCUUCUACGCAACAUUCAUCCUAAACCCGGAGCCAUCCAGUACCUGCAGUCAGUCCGCUGUCUGCGCCUACAAGCUGUCAGACAUCAGGCAAGUUUUCAGGGGGAACUUUAUGACUGAGACUGCUUAUGGCACCUGGGUGAGGUUCAUGGGAGCAUUACCUUCCCCUUAUCCUCGUUCAUGUAUUAAUGAUGAAAUGCGAGCCAGUGGUGUGAAGACCUCUUAUGACCUCCCAGACUCAACCCUGCAGUUUCUGAAGAACCAUCCUCUGAUGGAGGGAGCAGUGACGCCGCUCACUGGGAAACCCCUGCUGGUCCGGUCUAUGGCCCAGUUCUCCAAAAUUGUUGUUGACAAAGUAACCUCUCUGGAUGGAGAGCAGCACAACGUCAUGUUUAUUAGCAACAACUCUGGUUGGCUGCAGAAGGCGGUGUGGUCUGGUGAUGAUGGAGGGCGAAUCAUUGAGGAGUUGCAGCUGUUUCAGGAUCCUCAGCCCAUUCGCUUCCUUCAGCUCUCUAGAAGAGGUCAGCUGUACAGCGCAACUAGAACUGCUGUUGCUCAGCUCAGUGUGAGGGACUGCAGCCGCUACACAUCCUGUGCUGACUGCCUUAUAGCCAGAGAUCCAUACUGUGGCUGGGACCACCUCAAAGGCCUGUGUGCUGCUGUUGCUGGUGCUUCAAACUUCUCCAUGAUCCAGAACCUCAUUGAUGGUGAUGCUACAAUGUGCCCAAGCUCUCAUUUAUCAAAGCAGAUUACCGACAUCCACCUCACAGCUGACGUCGCACAGUUCCUCCCCUGCUCCCCUGAUACCAAUCUCCCCAUGAGAUGGCGCUUCUCUGGUAAAAUCCUUGAGCCCGGUCCCCGACACAUUCUGCUCAGCCAGGGACUCGUUUUAACACCUUCCUUCACUGAUGAAGGCCUUUACACCUGUGAGACAGUGGAAGUAGUUAAAGGCAGAGAGCACAAGAAGGCGGUGAUCCAGUACAACGUUAAAGUUUCAGAGGGUGGGGUAAACUGGCUUCAGGCUAUAGUUAUCUCUUUUUUAGCUGUUUUUUGUGUCCUGUGUGUAAUGCUCAUCAUCUCCGUAUGCUGGAAGAAGAAAUCUCGAAACCGUGUUGGCACUACCAGUGUGAGUUAUGAUAGCACUGAGCAACCAGAGUGGAAGACAGAGUCCUGCAGCUGUGAGAGUGAUCCUGAUACUAAGAAAACCAUACCAAAUGGGGUGGAAAAGAAGAAAAAAUCUACAGUAUAAAACAAAUUUAUAGUUUCAUAACAGAACAACCCACUUUUGUUACACUUUGUGCAUCACUGCCAUCAACUCUGUAAAAAUAAAUGACGAAAAUGAUUAAA